AUGGGCUGCAAAUUCUGCUGGGGAGAAGCCAGGGGAGAGAGAAAGCAGCCGCUGGACCAGGCUGCCCCGUGUCUGUUUGGCUUUGCCGAUGUCCAGACUUCAUUUUAUGGCAGAUUCAGGCACUUCUUGGACAUCAUUGAUCCGCGCACCCUCUUUGUUACUGAGAGUCGUCUGAAGGAGGCUGUGCAGUUGUUGGAGGAUUACAAGCAUGGGACUUUGCCCCCUGGAGUCACCAACAAAGAGCUGUGGGGAGCUCAAAAAAUAAAGCAGGCCAUCAUCCACCCCGAUACGAACGAGACCAUCUUCAUGCCUUUCCGAAUGUCAGGUUACAUUCCCUUUGGAACACCCAUCGUUGUUGGUCUUCUCUUGCCCAACCAGACGCUGGCAUCCACUGUGUUUUGGCAGUGGUUGAAUCAGAGCCACAAUGCCUGCGUCAACUAUGCAAACCGCAACGCGACAAAGCCUUCUCCGACAUCCAAGUUCAUCCAGGGCUACUUGGGAGCUGUCAUAAGUGCUGUCUCAAUAGCAGUGGGCCUUAAUGUUCUGGUUCAGAGAGCAAACAAGUUUACCCCCGCCACUCGUCUCUUGAUCCAGAGGUUUGUGCCGUUCCCUGCUGUCG